AUGUCUAUUUCGUACAAUCCUCAAGACAGUAACGAACCAACCGCAACUUCUAGUGAAACUAUUUCUCAUACUCCCUCUGCGUCUUCAAAUAACAUGUCAGUUAUUAACGACAAUCAAUCUUUACAACCUACUCAAAGUACUCAGUCUCCUUCUCAAGAACCUGAAUGGUCAUUCUAUUACAGACCUAACAACGAUGUUCAAAUUUAUUUCAUUACUUAUAAAGAGAUAACCUUUAAUGAACUCAUAUCUCAAUUAUUAAUUAAUAACUUAUACCCAUCUAGUAACCGUCGUUGCUCAAACAAUCUUUUUGAAUUUUAUUUUCAACAUCCUAAUGAUCAAAGAAUUUAUAAAGUUGCCU